AUGUUGGAGACCAGGAGUGACGACCUGUUCCUGCCCUCCUACCAGGACGAGCAGCUGGUGGACGACCUGCUGUCCUGUGACGACUCCAACCGGGCCCUCGGCGGUCCGGGUCUCUCCCUGGCCGCGGCCCUGCUGCCCCUGGUGGAGUCCUCCUCCCCGACCUUCAUCAACAGCGUCUGCUCCACCCGCUACAAGACGGAGCUGUGCUCCAGCUACUCCGCCUCUGGCUUCUGCAAGUAUGCCGAGCGCUGCCAGUUUGCCCACGGCCUCCACGAGCUCCACGUUCCCUGCCGCCACCCCAAGUACAAGACGGAGUUGUGCCGCGGCUUCCACACCACGGGCUACUGCUUCUACGGCAGCCGCUGCCUGUUCGUGCACGGCGGCGCCGAGCAGCGGCCCGCCCCGAGGCGCCGCCGGAACGUCCCCUGUCGCUCCUUCCUCUCCUUCGGCGUCUGUCCCUUCGGCACCCGCUGCAACUUCCUGCACGUAGAGGCCGGCGACGCCGUCGGCAGCGGCGCGGAGUCGCCCGCCGCCGAGGAGCCGCCGCCGCCCGUCUCCAGCCCCCUCCCACAGGCCAAGGAGUGGAAGCCCCGCGGCGCUCUGUGCCGCACCUUCAGCUCCUUCGGCUUCUGCCUGUACGGCACGCGCUGCCGCUUCCAGCACGGCCUCCCCAACAAGAUCCAGGCGGGCUCCCGGUACCCCCAGCCGUACCCCGGCAGCUCCGGUUCGCCUUCCCCCACCUCCCGCUUGGCCUCCUCCUCUGCGCUCUCGUCCUCGUCCUCCUCUCCUCCGUCAGCCUCUCCUCUGGCCACGCCGCCCGAGGAGGCCGUGGCCCACAACGCCUUCACCUUCUCCAGUCAGCACCUCAGCGACCUGCUGCUGCCGCUGGCCAUCCGCCUGCAGCAGCUGGAGUGUAGCAAGGGCCAGGAGAUCUGGGCCAACCGGGCGCUCUGA